AUGGCAUCAAAAGAAGACCCCGAAACCCAAAUGAUUGAACGCUACAUCAUCGACGGAUGGCCUGCAAAGUACGAAACAGUCCCGACCGUUAUUCAAGUCUAUUGGAAAUACAGACACGAGCUCAGCACUCACAACGGGUUGGUGCUACGAAACGACCGUAUUUUGAUACCUUGCAGUCUGCGAAAGCAAAUUAUAGAAAAGUUUCAUAAAAGUCACUCCGGAAUCGAAGCAACUACCAAACUGGCUAGAGAUACGGUGUUUUGGCCAGGACUCACCGAUCAAAUCCGGCAGCGAAUCCAACAUUGCAACAUUUGCACACAGUUUUCAGCAAAUCCACAAGCUCAACCGAUGCAGACGCACCAAAUUCCAUUAUAUCCGUUUCAGAAGAUCUCUAUGGACAUUUUUGAAUGUGAAUUAAAAGGUCAAAAGUUUGUAUACCUGAUCACCGUCGAUCAUUAUUCAGACUAUUUUGAAAUUGACGAAUUACGUACUCAAAGUGCGGCAACUGUAGUGAAAAUAUGUAAACGAAACUUUGCAACGCAUGGGAAGCCUCAAGAAAUUAGUACUGAUGGAGGUCCGCAGUUUAUGAGCGAAGAUUUCAACGCUUUCGCAAAACAAUGGAGUUUUAAACACAGUGUUUCGGCACCUUACCACCAACAAGCUAAUGGGAAGGCAGAAUCAGCUGUGAAAAUUGCUAAGCUGUUACUAAAAAAAGCGAACGAAUCGAAACAGGAUUUCUGGGAGCUACUUCUACAGUGGCGUAACACUCCGAACAAAAUAGGAAGCUCACCAGCACAGCGUCUCUUCAAUCGGCGAACACGUUGUGGAUUGCCUAUGGCCGAAAAGAAGUACGCACCAAAAAUAGAAGAAAAUGUACCCGAAAAAAUAUAUCGAAAUCGUCAGCAAACAAAACUCCAUUAUGAUCGAAAGACUCGAGCACUUCCAGACCUGGAAAUGGGACAGCCAGUUUAUGUGAAACUUAAUCCAGGAAACAAACAAUGGGCUAGAGGAACUGUAACCAAUCCGGUGACUGAUCGAUCUACCGUCGUAUCUAUCGGCGAUCGUGAGUAUCGUCGAGACAAUAUGAUGAUUAAGCCGGCCAAUCUGGAAGCACCAGUCUAUGCAGAAUCGAUUCCAUCUAACGCGGAAGCAACCUCUCCGGGUCGAAUUAGACAACAACCAAUGCAAACGAGUAAUGUUGUUCCGGAGGUUUCCCGUCCAAAACGUGUCACACACGCUCCCGUUAAAUUCAAUGAUUAUGAUUUGUAUUGA